UAGAGACCUGCGGCUUCAUAGUAACCAGCUGAGUAAUGGCCACCGCUUCGCAAAUGCAAUGGGUGAAUGCGUAACGCUGUGAGCACUAAAUGACCAGUGUAUUAGCGCCAUUUUCCAGCUUACCGUUGGUUUAAAACAGCAACAUAUCAGCGAACGUGAUCGUCAUUUCAUUGAGUCCGGGGUGGAGGUAAUAUGAGCUGAAUCUCGAUAAAAAACGACCUAGCAAAAUGGCGGACGACGAAAAAAAUGACGAGACAAUUCAAGACAAUCAUGCCGCGAGUGAAGAAAAGAACCAAACGGAGAGUCAGAAUGUCGACAAUGAAGGCAACGGGGAUGAAAACGACGAACACGGCGACGACAAAGAAGCCAUAGAAAUUACAGACAAGCAGGCAGAAUUACAGACUGAAAACGUGCCCGCUGAACACAACAAUGAAACAGAGGUAGCGGGAAAUGAAAAUAUCAAUGACAAUUCGAAGGACAUUCAAGAAAAAGAGAACAGCACACCAGUUAACGAAGACGAAGGGACGGGAGACGACACUAAAACGGAUUCGAAACCACUACUCGGAAAAAGACGGCGAACUGGAGAAGUAGAAAAGUUGCCUACGCCAAUCAACGCCACGGAGAAUAAACGUUUGCCAUUAACGGAAGAGAACGUCAGCCAAUUAGAAGACGAGGAUGACGUAGACAGGACCAGACUGGAAGAAUACUUACAAAGCCAUAGCCUAAAUGAUAACGUUACACCAGUGAACAUAAAAAUUAAAUCAUUACCCCGAAUUAAUAUGGACGAUGGUGCGAAAAGAGAAAUUACAAACCCUCUGUAUGCGCCGCCAAAUAUGGCACACAUAAAACGUCUACCUGCAAAUAAAAAUGCUAAGUACAAAGGCGACCGAAUAUCUGAAGGGUUGCCAGGGCGACUACCACCUGCUGUAAUGAAGAUGUCAACUGUAGUUCUCUCAGCAAGGAAAAGAGCCGCAAUCAACAAAGGACCAAGUAUUUAUUACGAGGAAAGGAACAGUAGAAAACUGAUGACUUGGGAUCAGUGUAUGAAUAGUAGACCGCCGUUACAAAUUGACAUGGAAGGCCCCGGACCAUGUACAUAUUCACCGAACAUUAAACCAUUGAAUGAAACAAACUCACCCGAGUAUUCGUUUGGAAUGAAGUUACACGAACGAAGUGGUGGUGGUUAUAAAGCUUGGAGUAAAGAAUGGUUUCAUAGCAGUAAUAAUUUUACGCAUCGAUUAAGAUUCGAUCACAAGUGGCCAACUCCAGCAACUUAUAAUAUUAAAACAUUGGUCGGAAAGAGACAUCAAACCCAACCGUCUACGCCUUCAUUUACAAUCAUUGGAAAUAGGGGAUCGAUGUCAUUUGGAAAACAAGGUUCAGAAAAGGAACCCGGUCCCAAUAUAUACAACCGAGAUAAAGCUGACAGAUUAAUACUACAUACAGCGCCAUCAUUCACACAUCGAUUGAGACACGGAGGUACCACAUUAUGGCCUCCAUCAGUUGGUGCACCAGAAGUUACUCCCGGUCCUGGUGCUUACAAUCCUAAAGUCACGUAUACCGCUUAUAAAAAUACCCAGCAAGCAUUCACGAUAAGCGGAACGCGACGUUUAAAACGCCAUGAUGUUGGGCCACAUACCACAUUAUGAGUCACUAAACUCAGUUGUCUGAGUUUGAAAGUACCCAAAACUGUUCAGUUUUUACUGCUAUGAAAACAUCAACAUGGUAGCUUCUGAAGGCACCAAUCAGCAUGCCUUGAUCUUUUCAGGAAACCAAUCAGCGUGCCUUGAUCUUUCCAGGGAACCAAUCAAACAACUUGUAGAAGCAGGCGAUCUGUGUAGAUCCAAAACAUUGGUCAUUUGUUUUUAUGACAUUUACGCAUGAAUAUGCAAAUCAUAGUUCAGAAAAACAGAUCUUGACAAUGUAUUUUGGCAAAGUAUGUUUCAAAUGUUGCAGGAAAUUCCUUUGCCCUUGAAAAAUCUUUGUCAAAAUAGUUCAGAAAAUAGAUCGCCUUUAACAAAUACUAACGACAAGAUUUAUUUCCUUGAGAAUGUAUUUUUUAAACUUUGUGUGAGAGUGAGUACAUUUUGUUUUACAUGUGAAAAAUUGCUUCCAGACAUUAUUUAAAAAAAAAAUCAUGGAAAUAAAUUAUAUGUUCGGUCUUGAUUGAAAGGACCGUGUUGUUUGAAGUUAAAACGCACAAUGAACAAUGAGAAACUACUGCACUUAAAAUUAAUAAUGGGAAAUAACUUUUUAUUAACCCAUUUAUGUGUACAGUUACCAUAGCAAUUAUUCAAACAAAUUAGUACAAGGAGUUUAGAUAAUUGACACUGUUUACAAACAGUUCAGUUACUUAAGGUAGCAACUGGCGAAAAUUCCAUAGUACCAGUAUGUCUGUAGUUAUUUGGUCAUAGCCAAAAAAAUGCAGAUAAAAAAAACUUACAUGUGAUCAUUCAAUCUACAAAGUGACAAACCUCCUGUGCAAUUUCCAAGCCAUUCAUGCACCUAAAAAUGUUGCAAAACGAUAUCUUCAAUAGUCAGAAUAGAAAAAAAGCAUCAUUGCAAAAUUGUUCGUCAGAUAACCCUUCAGACAAGCAUGGGUAUGGUAUAUGCACUACGGUAUUCGCCUAUAUCUAAGCUUUCAGAAAAUGUAUAGGUUAUUAUAGUAAUUUUUAAAGAAUGUCUGAAUUACAGAUGAAUUAUUGACUUGUUUUUCUCCUGCUGCUACCUUAAAUUUGCUAAAGCUUUAUUGGUAUCUUGGGACUAUUUUGUGAUUUAUUUAUGUUAUAUACGGGAUAUAUGAAUGUAAGAAAAAUAUUGAAGGGUCCUCUCUCGUUUAGAUUACUGCAAGAUGCACUAAGUACGCAAAUCUAAGCGAAUGCAUAAAUAUCUGAACACUAUACAAAAUCAUCAACAAAGACAAGCCUGAGUGAUUAACCCUAACCCUAAAAACAUUGAGAUUUUAACAUAACAUUUGUAAUAUUUUCCAGAAUUCAGGCAUAUUCAUUAUUUCUCACAUAGUCCCAAGACCCAAAUAGAGCUUCAGUAAUGGUCAUGGAGUAAAAACUUUAAAUGAAAUUUUUCAAUAAUUUGAUGCUGGUGUUCAUUUCAAAACGUGUAAAUAACGAAAACAUUCCACAUGUUUUUAUAUAAAAAUAUUUUUAUAUAUCUCCUGUAUUUUGUAAUUAAUUAAUAUAACAGCAGAGAAGCGUAUUUACAUUUUUUCGUUGUAAUCUAUUUCAUGCCGUUCACUGAAACUCAAUAAGUGGUUUAGAUUAAAAAUGUUUUGGGUACAGACCAUUGCCACUUUUAAUUGGUAGACUGUCACUAUUGCAGUGUACAGAGUGUUCAAGAGGGAAAUAAUCAUUGAUGGUUUAACUGGAUUUUAUCGAAGAGUGUGGUAGUUGUUUUCAGCCAUGUGCACAAGUUUAUAGCAAAACAUAUCGUAAUUGUUCGAUUAGGAACUCAUCUCUAAUAUAAGAGCACACCAGCCAACAAUUACAUAGUGCUCAUGGGAAUAAAACAUAUGAUUAUGGUCAGAUAUUAUGGGAUAUAUGAUGUACAUAUACAUGUAUAUCAGCAUAUGUCAUAUAUCACUUCAUAACAUGUGUGUCUGUUUGUUGUGUCUUUACUAUUGAAUUUUUAUGAUGUGAU